AGAGUGGCUGUGAUCCCAUAUCAAGAGUUGGGGCUGAGAUGGAGGGAAUCCUUGGGAUCCAGAAGAGCAUGCCCUGCCUGCAUACCGUGCCUGGAAGCCCCGAGGCCCUGCCCUAACAGAGCCUCUCACUGCCCGUGAUUCCUACUCGGACCCUGUCUGUGUGGAUAGCUCCUCAAGAUGAGCUACGGUCUCCAGCUGACCUUCGUGUGUCUGAGCCUCUUGGCUCCAAGGAUGUGCGUCCAGGGGAACCAGUUCAACAUCGAGGUCAGAAGUGACAAGCUCUCCCUGCCUGGCUUUGAGAACCUCACAGCAGGAUAUAACAAAUUUCUCAGGCCCAACUUUGGUGGAGAACCAGUUCAGAUAGCACUGACUCUGGACAUCGCAAGCAUCUCUAGUAUUUCCGAGAGUAACAUGGACUACACGGCCACCAUAUACCUCCAACAGCGCUGGACAGACCCGCGGCUGGUGUUUGAAGGCAACAAGAGCUUCACUCUGGACGCCCGCCUGGUGGAGUUCUUCUGGGUGCCUGACACCUACAUCGUGGAGUCCAGGAAGUCCUUCCUCCACGAAGUCACUGUGGGAAACAGACUCAUCCGCCUCUUCUCCAACGGCACAGUCCUGUAUGCGCUCAGAAUCACAACGACUGUGGCAUGCAACAUGGACCUGUCCAAGUACCCCAUGGACACGCAGACCUGCAAGCUGCAGCUGGAGAGCUGGGGCUAUGAUGGAAAUGACGUGGUGUUCACCUGGCUGAGAGGGAAUGAUUCCGUGCGAGGGCUGGAAAACCUGCGACUUGCUCAGUAUACCAUACAACGCUACUUCACCUUAGUCACCAGGUCCCAGCAGGAGACAGGAAAUUACUCCCGGUUGGUCUUGCAAUUUGAGCUGCGGAGGAAUGUCCUGUAUUUCAUUCUGGAAACCUAUGUUCUCUCCACUUUCCUGGUGGUGCUGUCCUGGGUUUCAUUUUGGAUCUCCCUAGAUUCUGUCCCUGCAAGAACCUGCAUCGGAGUGACCACUGUGUUACCAAUGACCACACUGAUGAUCGGGUCCCCCAUGUCUCUUCCCAACACCAACUGCUUCAUCAAAGCCAUCAACGUGUACCUGGGGAUCUGCUUUAGCUUUGUGUUUGGGGCCUUGGUGGAGUACGCUGUUGCUCACUACAGCUCCCUGCAACAGAUGGAAGCCAAGGACAGGGGGACGGCGAAGGAGGUGGAAGAAGUCAACAUCACUAACAUCAUCAACAGCUCCCUCUCCAGCUUUAAGCGGAAGAUCAGCUUUGCCACCAUUGAAAUCUCGGGUGACAAUGUUGACUACAGCAACAUGACAAUGAAAACCAGCGACAAGUUCAAGUUCAUCUUCCGAGAAAAGAUGGGCAGGAUUGUGGAUUAUUUCACAAUUCAAAACCCCAGCAAUGUUGAUCGAUAUUCCAAACUACUGUUCCCUUUGGUUUUUAUGCUAGCCAAUGUUUUCUACUGGGCAUACUACCUGUACUUCUGAGACGGCCUUGACUUUGUGUUUGCCCUAGGUCUCCAGCAGAAC